AUGGUAACACUCUCCUACCAAUAUCCCUCCAUGCCCAUUUCAUAUUUCCACCCCAAAUCUAAACCCUCUCGGCCGUUAUUCUCCAAAGUCUCCAUCUUUCGAUGCAAAGGCUCCGUACAAACCCUCAUGGCCGUCGAGCCGGAACCCAUUUUCACCUCCGUCAAGACUUUCGCUCCUGCCACCGUCGCUAACCUAGGCCCAGGCUUCGAAUUCUUAGGCUUCGCUGUCGGCGGUCUCGGAGACCACGUGACUCUCUGCGUGGAUCCCUCCAUUCUCACCGGCGAGGUCUUAAUCUCCGAGAUCACCGGAACCACCACGAAACUCAGCACAAACCCUCUCCAGAACUGUGCCGGGAUUGCUGCGAUUGCGACCAUCAAGAUUUUAGGGGUUAUAUCGGUUGGGUUGUAG